AUGACGGCCUUCAUCCGUCAAGAAGCCCUGGAAAAGGCCCGCGAAAUCCAACUCAAGGCCGACGAAGAAUUCGCGAUCGAAAAGUCCAAGCUCGUGCGCGAGGAAAUCGCCGCCAUAGAUUCACAGUAUGAGAAGAAAUUCAAACAGGCGAGCAUGAGCCAGCAAAUCACGCGGUCGACCAUGGCGAACAAGACGAGGAUAAAGGUCCUGAGCGCAAGGCAGGAGCUGUUGGACAAGUUGUUCGAGGAGGCCAGGAAGAAGCUUGCCGACACGGGGAGUAAGAGCAAGAACUACGAAGAGGUGUUGAAGGGAUUGAUGCUCGAGGCGAUGUAUCUGUUGGCCGAGAAGAAGGUGAGUGUCAGGUGCCGGAAGGUGGACAAGGACAAGGUGCAGAGCGCGGCGAAGAAGGCGAGCGAGGAAUACAAGAAGCACAUGGGUAGUGAGAGCGAGGUCGUGGUGGAUGAGAAGGACUGGUUACCCGAGGACUCAGCGGGAGGUGUCUUCGUCCUUGGCAGCAAUGGCAAGAUCGAAUUGAACAACACUUUCGACGAGAGACUGCGCAUGCUGGAGUCCGAUGCCCUUCCUAGCAUCAGACUCACGUUAUUCGGCGACAACCAGAACAGGAAGUUCAAGGAUUAG